AAAAGGAGAGGGAGAAGGGAGGGAGGAGUAGAGCGAGCCAGAGAGCGGAAUCCCCCUUAUUCAAACAAAAGCAGUUGUCAGGGCGUGUGUCUGCCGCCUGUGCUCAUAGCCCAGAUUUGUCUGUGGCUGUGAUGCUGCAAACACAGUGGACUAUAUUCUUUUAUAUGUGAGAAAGGAGUGUCAUUCAUUUUGCAUUGAUGCAUCUUUCAGUUUGGCAUUUCUCUCUUCGGAGGAGUUCGUCCAUAUCAACGUGACUGAGACGUGCCAGCAGUUUUCCGGAAGAUACAUGUCAAUUUGGGUUUUUUAGGUAGACAAGUUGGCCACGAAUUGCAAGGAUGAAAUCAUCUGCAGGGAUUUGGUGACCCAGUUGCAACAUGACAGGUCAGGUCCUGAGGGAACGUGGCGGCAGGGGUUCCGCGGAGGACAGCACGGCAAUUCGUAUCAACGUGGGUGGCUUCAAGAAGCGUCUCUACACGGACACUCUGUCUAGGUUUCCGGAGACACGGCUGGCACGUCUUCUCCACUGCCGGUCCAGGGAGUCCAUACUGGAGCUGUGUGACGAUUACGACGAUGCAGAGAAAGAGUUUUACUUUGACAGGAAUCCUGCACUUUUCCCCUACGUGAUGAAUUUUUACAACACAGGCCGACUACACGUCAUGGCUGAGCUGUGCAUCUUCUCCUUUAGCCAGGAGAUCGAGUACUGGGGCAUUAACGAGUUCUUCCUCGACUCCUGUUGCAGCGGUGCGUACCACUGUAGAAAAAUGGACCAGGACCGAGAGGAUUGGGAGGACAGAAGUGACGAAGGGAGCACCACCUCGUCAUUCGACGAGCUUUUGGAGUUUUACAACGACGCCACCAAAUUUGACAAGCAACCACUGGGGAGCAUCCGUAGGCGUGUUUGGUUGAUGCUAGACAAUCCAGGGUAUUCAGUGGCUAGCCGUGUUAUUAGUGUCCUCUCCAUAUUGGUGGUGCUGGGCUCCAUUGCUACUAUGUGCAUGAACAGCAUGAGCGAGUUCAGCUUGGUGGAUGCUGAGGGGCAGCCCACGGAGGACCCUCGCUUUGAGAUCAUGGAACACUUUGGCAUCGCUUGGUUCACGCUGGAGCUGGUGGCAAGGUUUGCAGUAGCCCCAGACCUUGUGCACUUUUUCGACCACCCGUUGAACCUGAUCGACUUGGUGUCCAUACUUCCCUUUUAUCUGACACUUGUUAUCAACCUAGUGGUAGAGAGCAGCCCGGCGCUUGCCAACUUGGGUCGUGUGGCUCAAGUGUUGAGGCUCAUGAGGACUUUCCGGAUCCUGAAGCUGGCACGCCACUCCACUGGGCUGCGCUCCCUGGGGGCCACCUUGAGGAACAGCUACAAAGAGGUGGGCCUUCUGCUCCUCUAUCUCGCAGUCGGGGUGUCUUUUUUCUCCGUCAUGGCCUACACGGUUGAGAAAGAAGACAGCGAGGACCUGUCCACCAUACCGGCGUGCUGGUGGUGGGCCACAGUCAGCAUGACCACCGUGGGCUACGGAGACGUGGUGCCCCUGUCUAUAGCGGGCAAGCUGACCGCUUCAGCCUGCAUCCUGGCGGGAAUCUUAGUAGUAGUGCUUCCGAUCACUCUUAUUUUUAAUAAAUUCUCCCUGUUUUACAAGAGACAAAAACAGCUGGAGAUUGCAAUGAGAAGCUGUGAUUUCGACGAGGGUAUAAAAGAGGUGCCCUCAGUCAACCUGAGGAACUAUUAUGCACACAAAGUCAAGUCUCUUAUGGCCAGCCUGUCAAACAUGAGCAGGAGUUCACCCAGUGAGCACAGUCUGAAUGAGUCAAUACACUGAGGGUGGUCCUUUGAGUGCCCGCGUGAGGAGGCAGCCCAUGUUUUUGAAACAUCUGGCGUCAAAACCCUAAUAGCUUCCAUCAUGUAGGAUACAGGGUUGUGGGCAAUCGGAAACGCUUUUCAUGGGAAGUUGGUUACAUUUUGUAAUUGUAAUCAGAAUUAAUUGGAAUGAACUGGAAAUUUGGGGUCAUUUAAAAAUCAUGAAUUGAUAUACGUACAGUAGGAAAAAAAAAUCCUUUUCUGUUUUCAUUAUCGCUCUUUAUAGGAAAUUGCUUUGUUUCAGCAGCCCCAAUGGAAAAUAAUUUAACACUUUAAAAAUGUAGGCAGCAUAAUAACCAAGCUAUGGGAUUCAGGGUCUGAAUCUUAGCUUCAGCCCUUCUGUGCGGAAUUUUCUCUAUGCUUGCCAUACUCUAAAAAAUGCAAAGGAGGAUAAUUGUAUAAUACAAAUUGGCCAUAGGUUUAAAUUUGAGUGCCAAUACAGUAUGUGACUUGAGAUUGGCUCCUGACCAGUCGAGGGUGUACACCCACCUCCAGCCCACUUCAGAUGGGAUAGGCUCCAGCUCAACCGUGACCUAAAUGUGGACAUGUGAGAUACAGAAGGAAUGGAUUGCACAUGAUCAUAAUAAUGAACAUUCUGAAAACAUGUAAUAACAUGUUUUGUGUGUGUGAGUCAUUCAUAUAAAAUUGAUAUGUGGCACUAAAGUGUUUUUUUUUUUUUUUUUUUUUUUAACCAUAAUUUUCAUAAACUUGCUUGUCAUUUUGCAUAGGUUGCGUAAAAGAAUGACAUUUUGACAGAAUGUUAUUUUUUAAAACAACUUUGGAUGGUCCUUUUUGGUCUCUUCUGCAGAAGUCGGAUUCUCAUUAAUAUGCAGCUGACUGGAACCAAUUUUAAUAUUAAAUGUUUAAACUCUGUGCUCUGAUUGGGCGCCCGUGAAGUGUGAGUAUCGGUGGGAAGCCUUGGGAAGCCUGCAGCAACGCAGAUAACGAUCAUUCUUCCAUGGUGCAAAGCUUCGCUAUUUCACAUGCAUUCAUCCGUUCAUUCGUCCUUUGCUCACUUAUCCUCACGAAGGUAGCAAGGGUGCUGGAGCCAAUCCCAGCUAACAACGGGCUGUAGGAAUAGUAGACAAGAACCGGUGACAAAAGUAUUGAACUAAAUCACAGAGAAUGCACGUGCAUACAGCCGUACCUUGACAUACGAACGCAUCGACAUUCUAUCCUUUCUAAAGCCGACGUCAAAUUCUAUUCGUCAUUUGUCUCGACAUAUGACGACGUGCUCGAAAUACGACAAUUCACGACAAUUUCAUUGUUCAUUCAUUGUUUUCCUGCAAGAUGGCAGCACAGCGGAUUUUCUUGUGAGAGAAAUCAACAUGGGUCCCCUGAAGGUUAGUGUAGGGAAAAAAGAGAAGGUGACGCCUACCAUUCAAAUGAAGAAGGAAAUCAUAGAAAAAUAUGAGCGUUGUGUGCGCGUCAGUGAACUGGCUCGGCGAUACAGCCGGAAUAAGUCUACGAUCUCCACGGUCGUCAAGCAGAUGAAUGUCAUCAAAAUGGUCAAAGCAUCCAAGGGGACGACUAUCUUCUCUAAACGAUGUAACGCUAUUUCGGAGGAGAUUGAACGCCAUUUACUGAUAUGGAUUAAGGAUAAAGAGACCUCCACCCGCCGUCUCUUCCGACCUCCGUUCGCCAGUCUUUAUAAGUUAAGGUGACAAUAAAAACGUUUUCUAAUUUCCGAUUUAUGAUUAUUAUUAUACGAUUUAUAUAUAUAAUUUAUUUAUUUUGCUAUGUGUAAUUGCUAUUUGUAAUUGUACCUGCAGUAUUUAUUAAGGAUUUAGCGAACAUUGCUGGCCAAAAGUAUUGGCACCCCUGCAAUUCUGUCAGAUAAUGCUCAUUUUCUCCCAGAAAAUGAUUCCAAUUACAAAUGCUUUGGUGGUAAUAUCUUCAUUUAUUUUGCUUGCAAUGAAAAAACACAAACGAGAAUGAAAAAAAAAUUAAAUCAUUAUCAUUUUACACACAAGUCCAAAAAUGGGCUUGACAAAAGUAUUGGCACCCUCAGCCUAAUACUUGGUAGCACAACCUUUAAACAAAUUAACUGCGAACAAUGCUCUGCUGGAAUUUGAGACUAUUCUUUUUUGGCCAACUGCUCCAGGUCUCCGAGAUUUGAAGGGUACCUUCCCCAAACUGCCAUUUUCAGAUCUCUCCACAGGUGUUCUAUGGGAUUUAGGUCUGGCCACUUUAGAAGUCUCAAACCAUUUUCUAGUCAGUGGCGCCUCCAGAAAUGUUUCAUAGGGGUGACCAGAUGGAGCCACUUAAAAUAUUGGAGUGGCUCACCAAAACUAAAAGCCAUAAUUUCAGGUUUUUAUUAUGUUGUUGCAGUAAAAAGGCCAGAAGAAAACUAUCAGAAAGACUUAAGCACACGCUUACUGAUAUACUUUGAUGUAUUGUGCUAUAGUUAAUGUGACUAAUGAUUUGAUGUGCAUAGUCCUAAACAUUACAGUCAACAUUUUGAGUUCUACAGCUUCUACAAUCUGACAUUAUGCUGCAGCGGCGCUGGAAGUCACUCACAGCUUUUUUAUUUUUUCCCAUCCAAGAAGACCUGUUUUGGUCCAAAUUUGUCAUGAUUGCGCCUUUUCUCCAUACAUGCUGGAUAGUUUACGUACUACUACUACUACUGUAGGCUACUACAAAGACAGCGUUCUUUUUCACCUACAGUGUGUGUUGGAGUUUUUGUAUUAGAAAUAAAAACACCCGUGUACUAUAAUGCAAUUCCCUGCAGCUAGACGGCAAUGACACACGAGCACAUUUGAAAAUUAAAAGGUCCAAUAAGCCUUGGUUUAACACCAGGGGGUGCUGCAGUACCCUCAACACCCCACGUCUCGCGCCACUGUUAUACUGGCGGGUGGUCAAAAAAUUUAUAGAGGCGGCCGUGGCCACUCCUGGGCACCCCCUGGUGGAGCCAUUGUUUCUAGUGAUUUUUGAAGUGUGUUUUGGGUCAUUGUCGUGCUGGAAGACCCAUGACCUCUGAGGGAGACCCAACUUUCUCACACUGUGACCUACAUUAUGCUGCAGAAUUUGUUGGUAGUCGUCAGAGUUCAUAAUGCCAUGCACACGGUCAAGCAGUCCAGUGCCAGAGGCAGCAAAGCAAACCCAAAACAUCAGGGAACCUCUGCCAUGUUUGACUGUGGGGACUGUGUUAUUUUCUUUGAAAGCCUCCUUUCCCCCCCCUGUAAACUCUAUGUUGAUGCUUUUUCCCAAAAAAGCUCUACUUUUGUCUCAUCUGACCAGAGAACAUUCUUCCAAAAUGUUUUUGGCUCUCUCUGGUAGGUUUUGGCAAACUCCAGCCUGACUUGUUCAUGUCUCUGGGUCAGAAGUUGGGUCUUCCUGGGUAUCCUACCAUAGAGUCCCUUUUCAUUCAGACACCGACGUAUAGUACGGGUUGACAAUGUUGUACCCUCGGACUGCAGGACAGCUUGAACUUGUUUGGAUGUUAGUCAAGGUUCUUUAUCCACCAUCCGCACAAUCUUUUGUUGAAAUCUCUUUUCAACAAUCUCAAUUUUUCUUUUCCGUCCACAUCUAGGAAGGUUAGCCACAAUGCCAUGGGCUUUACAUUUAUUGAUGACACUGCACACGGUAGACGCAGGAACAUUAAGGUCUUUGGAGAUUGACUUGUAGCCUUGAGAUUGCCCAUGCUUCCUCACAAUUUUGCUUCUCAAAUCCUCAGACAGUUCUUUGUUCUUCUUUCUUUUCUCCAUACUCAAUGUGGUACACACAAGGACACAGGACAGAGGUUGAGUCAACUUUAAUCCAUUUUAACUGGCUGAAAGUGUGAUUUAGUUAUUGCCACCACCUAUUGUGUGCCACAGGUAUUUAACAGGUGCUGUUAAUUACACAAAUUAGAGAAGCAUCACAUGAUUUUUCAAAGGGUGCCAAAUGCCAAUACUUUUGUCCGGCCCAUUUUUGGAGUUUUGUGUAAAAUGAUAAU